GGGCCUGAUCUGUUUUCUUCCUCAGAGCAGCUGCUGCUGUCUGCUGGGCAGAGAGGGCUGGCUCUUCCCGAAGUAGGGCAGGGCCUCAGCCAGCAAGCCCCUCUCUUACCCUCUCCCCAACUCAGGCCUUUGUCUCUCCCACCUCCCCCCACCCCACCCCAGGAAGAGGAGAUCCCCGAGCUGGAGAUUGAUGUGGAUGAACUCCUGGACAUGGAGAGUGAUGAUACCCGGGCUGCCAGGGUCAAGGAGCUGCUGGUUGACUGUUACAAACCCACUGAGGCCUUCAUCUCUGGCCUGCUGGACAAGAUCCGGGGCAUGCAGAAGCUGAGCACACCCCAGAAGAAGUAAGGGUCCUCAACCCAGGUGAACGGUGGCUCCCACAGGACAAUCGCUGCCCGCUGACCUCGUAGCAACAGCAAUACCAAGGGGCCCUGCGGCCAGGCCUGGUGCCAUGAGCAGGGCUCCCUGUGCCCCUCACUUAGGGGCCUCUUCCCUGCCCCUUGUUUUCCAUUUUGGGGUUUUUUUAUUAUUAUUAAACUGAUGGGACUUUU